CAGCGUGCAUACUCUGGUUUUACGAUUGACCGCGAGGGGAAGCUUUCCACAAAAAACCGACUCAAAGUCAGUUUAGUGGCGAAACACCAGCGGGUGCGUUUAUUGUCACGGGAUGCGCUUCCUCCAAAAAAGAGGCCAAAAGUAAACAGAUAUCGAGGUAGUAACGUUAGCUAACGGCAGCAGGCAUGAGGAAACACAGCCAGCUAACACUAACCCGCACCUGAAUAUCAACGCCUGUCCCGUCGAAACAAACGCUGAUUUAUUUCUGGAGACAUUCAACAAAAGGAAAAAAGACAAGAUGGAGAUGCUGUGUUUUCGGUUACCGGGCCACGGGGACACGACCUUGAAGCACCUGAACUCGCUGAGGUCCCGCCAGCACUUCUGUGACAUCACCAUUGUGGCCAGCAACAACCAGACGUUCAGGGGUCAUAAGGUGGUGCUGGCGGCCUGCUCGCCCUUCUUAAGGGACCAGUUCCUCCUCAACCCUUCCCCCAAGCUUCAGGUGUCGAUGCUGUACAGCUCCACAGUGGUUUGUGAUCUGCUUCAGUCUUGUUACACUGGCAUCCUGCAGUUUAAUCCAGAGGAGAUUGUCAACUACCUGACCGCCGCCAGCUACCUGCAGAUGGAGCAUAUAGUGGAGCGCUGCAGAGGAGCUCUGAAGAAGUAUGUGCAGCUUAAAAACCCCAGUCCACCAAAGGUGACUCCAGAGGAGAGCCAGUCUCGAGCGUUGAUCGUCAGCGGUAGCGUUUAUUCCGUUGCAUCUCCUCCCACCAGCCGACCCUCCCCGGGGCAUCCACACAGCCCUGCAGUGCGCUCAGUGGAGGAGAACAGCGGCGACAUGCCUGCUCAGGGCAGCAGUCAGCACCAGGAUGGAAGCCCCAUGCUGGAUGAUCCAUGCAUUAAGGUUAAUGGAUCAGACGAGGAGGAGGAGACCAGACAGGAGGACUACGAUGUGUUCAGAGUGUACAUCUCCGAAGAGGAGCAGGCAAAAAGAAACGAGGAGGAGAGAGGAGCUCCAUCUGACGGACCUCAAGAUGUGUGUUUUCCAGAGACAGAAGGAGUUGUGAUUGGAGGAGAAGGCGGCGAAUAUGACUUGAAUCCCGCAGAAGAAGGUCUCAGUACCGGGGUACUUUCAGUUGACGAGCUGCGUGCUUUCAGGCGCAGGCUGACGGACGCUAAAAUUGGCCCAGGCAGGGGGAGGGGCAGGGGGCGGGGCUUUAAGAGGAGAAGGUGGGUGUCGUCACAGGAGAAAAGAGCUCCAGGCUUGUCUCAGCACCAGGAUCUGUGGUACCUGUCGACUGCUGGGAUGGGAGGCAGUUUCGGUUUGGACUACAGCCAAGAAGGACUAAAGACAGGAAGUUAUGUCCCAGUCGAGCUCCCGCAGUUGGACUUCAGCAUGGGCGACGCUCAGGGAGAAAAAGUGUCGCCACUGGGUGCUAACAGUUUGGCCCAGUACGCCCUGGAGGAGUCUGGUGCUGGCGAGGGGAGUUCAGGGAUGACGACUGUCGGAACAAACGAGGGGGGGGAUGAGUCUGUCGCCGUGGUGGGAUCCACCUCCAGUGUCGCCGGGCCUGUCAUCUGCGAGCACUGCGGCAUGACGUUCCCCUCAGCCCACUCCCUCGCCAUCCACUCCCGCUCCACUCACCUGCUGUACGCCUGCCCCUGCUGCGGCAAACACUUCCACCACUCCGCCAACCUCACUCGACACAUGGCCGUGCACCGAGGUGUCGGCAAAACCCACCAGUGCCCCCUGUGCUACAAGACGUUCACCCAAAAGUCCACACUGAUAGACCACAUGAACCUCCACAGCGGCGAGCGACCACACCGCUGCGCGUACUGCCACGCUCGCUUUGCUCACAAGCCCGCCUUACGACGCCACCUGAAGGAGCAACACGGAAAAACCACGGGGCAGAACUCCCUGCACGAGCAGGAGGAGAGAGAGAGAGCUGGAGGACGAAUAAGAGAAGAGGAGCAGGAAUGUCCUGUCACUGAACAAGUGUCAUAGACCGUUAGAGACGGUCUGAACGUCUCUGCAGGUCAGUCUGAGGCGCGUUGGUCUUGUGGAUAAUAAGCGCCAAGUGCUGAAAGCUGACUGCGAGGCCUUUUUCAAAUGUCAGACUGUGAAAACAAAAGCUUUUUCACAUGAAGUGUGUUCCAAAUUUGCAUAAAAAUAAGAAAUGGAUAUGAGUAAAGAGACUGUCGCCCACCCUCUUGCACUAAGACAAGAGGCCUUUUUCACAGUAGACAUUUUGACUUGUCAUAGUAAAGGGCUGAUCACGCCGAGAAACAUCGCGCCAGGCUCAACUGCUCCAAAAAUGCCAUCUGGGAAAACAGCUUGGAGCGCCUGUGGAGCAGGUCUGCACAUAAAGUAGCCAAAAGUGACACUGACGAGUGGUGCGACUCUGCACCUUGAGCUGAAAAGUUGAAAAUAUUUAAAGACAACGGAGAAAAGAAAGGAGCGUCCAACAGGCACGCUGUAUCACGGGGAAACAAUGGUUUUGCUGGCGGCUCUUUUUUAGCAACGUGUCUCGGUGUGAUCGGCCCUUAAGAGAGACACAGGUUUAACUGACAACAUUAGCGAUGGCUCCGUCGUAUUGAAGUGGUCCAGCAAAGCUUAACAGACACUAGAAGACCUUGAGACUUCUGACAUCCUCUCUCUUCAAAAGACAGUAUGAGUUUUUAGUCUCAUUUUAUCCUGAUCCUGGUGUGACGUUAUAUGCCAAACUCCCUUUUAAACAUUUGACUAUUUAACAAAACACAUUAACACUAGAAACACAAGAUAAAAGGCUUCAUAUCACAGCAGUAUUUUUGUCAAGCCGCCAUCAAUAAAGAUGAACCGUAUUAAUGUACAGAGUCAACAUUUUGGAUUUGGUUGUCUUAACUCACCACCAGCCUCUGUUGGUUAGCUGGAGGACACUGUUGAAAUGAAAGGUAAACCGUUUCAAAGAUUUUGUGUUAUAAUAAAUGCUGGUUGGAGGAUCAGACAAACGCCCAAUUAAACAGACGUGUUCAUGCACAACUUCACUAGUUUCUCUUCAUUUUCCAAAAUCCAAGAGCACUGAGACUUGUUCACGUUCUUGUGCGUCACCAGUCUCCUCCAUUUUUACCGUCUAACUGGUUUGCUGCUUUUUUGUUUGGCGCUGUAGAGAGCACAGAUAUUGGUUGUUGACAAAGUUCAUGCUACUGAGCUUCAUUAUUAGCAUUAGCCAAAACUAAAAACUUCCUUUUGUCGGAAAGACGAGACAAGACGACACUGCACCAACUGAUGUAAAACUCAUGAAUUUAUUCCAACACUGGAAAUUUGUCCACAAUGUGAACUUGCUUGAAGUGGUUUUGUGUGAGGCCUGCGUAAGUCUUGACAGUUUGCCAGCAUGCAAAACAUAAGGACCCUGAAACUGAAGCAGUGAACUGGAACUCAUUAUUUUUUUAUUACUGACACCUGUUACUUUCCUUGCUGUGACAAGUCAAAAUGUCCUCGGUGGUUUUCAUGUCUUCAAGAAUAGUUUUUCGUUUGACUCAGAACUGUAAAGCUGAAUAAAUGUAAUACACGUUCAGUAUGAUGACCGGUCACAGUUCACAGAAAAGAUGUAAAUCAGUGUAAAUAAAAGAUUUGCAAGUU